UGAUUUACCAUGAUAUUAUAAUAUAUUUAAAUAAUAAUACAAUAUUUAUUUCUACAAUAUACUUGAUCUUUUUGCUUAUAUGGGUAACUCAUACUUGCAUAUAUAUGUGUGGCCUGAUAAAUGCAUUUUUGUGACAUAUAUCCUUACCUUCUCCUCCAUCAAAGCUAGUUAGUCCAGUUCCCUUAUUAAGCUAAAUUUUUUUCGAAGAUGGCCAAAAUUGCCUUUGGUCGUUUUGAUGAUUCUUUUAGUUUAGGCUCUUUUAAAGCUUAUCUUGCAGAAUUUAUCUCAACUCUGCUCUUCGUUUUUGCUGGUGUUGGUUCUGCCAUAGCUUACAAUAAAUUGACAGGAAAUGCAGCUCUUGAUCCUGCUGGUUUAGUAGCAAUUGCUAUUUGCCAUGGAUUUGCUCUCUUUGUUGCUGUCGCCGUCGGUGCCAACAUCUCCGGUGGCCAUGUUAAUCCUGCUGUCACCUUUGGAUUGGCUCUUGGUGGUCAAAUCACCAUUCUUACUGGCAUCUUCUACUGGAUUGCUCAGCUUCUUGGUUCCAUUGUUGCUUGCCUCCUUCUCAAAGUUGUCACCGGAGGCUUGGAAACACCCACCCACAGCCUUGCAGCUGGAGUAGGAGCCAUUGAAGGAGUGGUUAUGGAGAUUAUAGUCACAUUUGCUUUGGUAUACACAGUGUACGCAACAGCAGCUGAUCCCAAGAAAGGAUCACUAGGCACCAUUGCCCCCAUAGCCAUUGGCUUCAUCGUUGGUGCCAACAUCUUGGCUGCAGGCCCAUUUUCCGGUGGAUCCAUGAACCCAGCCCGCUCUUUUGGCCCAGCUGUGGCUAGCGGUGACUUCCAUGACAACUGGAUCUAUUGGGUUGGGCCCCUUAUUGGUGGUGGGCUAGCAGGCCUUAUCUAUGGAAACUUGUACAUUAAUAACGAUCAUGCCCCAUUGUCCAAUGAUUUCUAAGUUAUUGUGUUUCUAAUCCAUUUUUAUCUGUGUUUUGAAAUAAAAGAAAGGGAAGCAGCUUAUGUUAUGCUUUCCUUUCUUUUUCUUCUCUUUUCUUUUCUUUUUCGUUUUUUUUUUUUAAUAUUUCCUUUUUAGUUCAUUUAAAUUAUCUUUGUUGUUGUAAAUCUUUGUUGUGAUAAGUUUUGCAUUUAUGAGAAGUGGACGAUGUGCUAUCACUUUUGAA